AUGCCCGGCCUUCCCACUAGUAUCGAUCUUGAUGAGUGUAUCGAACGCCUCUAUCGGAAAGAACUCCUUGCGGAACCUGUGAUUGAGGCAGUAUGUGCCAAGGCAAAAGAGCUGCUUAUGAAGGAGAGCAAUGUCGUUCAUAUUAAGGCGCCAGUAACUGUCGUAGGAGACAUUCAUGGCCAAUUCUUCGAUUUAUUAGAAAUCUUUCGCAUCGGCGGGUUCUGUCCCGAUACAAAUUAUCUAUUCCUUGGCGACUAUGUUGAUCGCGGUCUUUUCAGCGUCGAGACCAUUUCCCUGCUCGUCUGCCUCAAAUUACGAUACCCCCACCGAGUCCAUCUUAUUCGCGGCAAUCACGAGUCCCGCGGUGUUACUCAAUCCUACGGCUUUUAUACAGAGUGUGCCCGCAAAUAUGGCAACGCAAACGUAUGGCACUACUUCACCGAUAUGUUCGACUACCUCACAUUAAGCGUCGUAAUCAACGAUGAGAUUUUCUGCGUACACGGCGGUCUCUCCCCUUCAAUUCACUCUCUAGACCAAAUCAAGAUUAUCGAUCGGUUUCGUGAGAUUCCUCAUGAGGGUCCGAUGGCUGAUUUGGUUUGGUCUGACCCUGAUGCAGAACGGGAUGAGUUCUCCCUUUCUCCCCGUGGAGCAGGAUAUACAUUUGGAGCACAAGUCGUCCGAAAGUUCCUGGAGGUAAAUAGCAUGUCCCAUAUCUUACGUGCGCAUCAAUUAUGCAACGAGGGCUAUCAGAUUCUUUUCGAUGAUCGCCUGAGUACGGUCUGGAGUGCGCCGAACUACUGCUACCGCUGUGGAAACUUGGCCAGUGUGUUGGAAGUCAGUGAUAAUAUGGAACGGUUCUUUAAUAUCUUUGAUGCGGCACCUGAGAACGACGUCCACAGAAAUGAGCAACAGGCACAACAAAACAGGGACUCUCAGCCAGUGAUUGACUAUUUUUUGUGA